AUGCGGGCGAAGCUGUUCAACGCUCCGACGGCGAAAAACGCUGAGGGCAAGCUAGAGGUGGACGCAAAUGCUGAUACGACGUCGUCAGCAUGCUACGUGCUGGUUAUGAAAAAUGAAUUUCCUUACAGCUUCGCAUCCGAGGACAACAUCCUGCACAUCAACAUUUGGUCCAGCUCAGAGCCGUUAAGCGAUAACGUGGUGGAGCAGCUCAUUGCCGAUCGACUGCCAUGCGACGAGUAUGUCUGGUUCGUCAACCCUCCACAGCUACGAUCUGUACGAGCGCUUUGGCAUUGCCACAUCAUGCUGCGGAACCUCAAGCCAUCCGCCAAGCUUUCAACACCUGCACGGCUCCCCAUGGCGCUUGGCUCAUGA